AUGGAGCGGGUGGUCGGCGUCGGGCUCUGGUGCGCGCACCCGGACCCAAAGAUGCGACCGGGGAUCCGGCAGGCCGCCGAGGCACUGCGGUCGAGGAAGUUCAGGAUGCCGCUGCUGCGGCCCAAGAUGCCGGUCGCUGUGUACCUUCAGCCGUUCGGUGCCUCCACCAUGCAGUUCAGCGACACCACCACCUCUGUCGGGUCUUCUGUUACCAUGCCGUACACUUCGACGACGAGCCGUGCGACGGCCGACGGUGACGGUGACGUCAACUCCAGCUCGCCGCCGGCGGUCACUCAACACUUCAGCCCAAGAGCAUAG